AUGUCAGACUUCGCAGAUCUUCUACAAGAAGCCGAAAGGCUUACUAAGGAUUUGGAAGGGCUCAGUACUGAGGACCUUCCAAAAGUGGAUAGAUCGUUGAAGCAAGUUUUAGAAGCUUCCAAUGAUUUAUAUGCAAGAGUUGCACAAGGUGGCUCCAAGGAUAUUGAGGCAAACCUAUUGCUGGGCUCAAAAGGAGUUGACUUACCAAAAAUCGUAAAAAAACUCGAAUCACUGAGCACCCAAAGAACAUUUGAAACCAUAGAACCAGUUGAUGAUUUGGAUCUUCCCAACAUAUUAGAAAAUCAAAUACAAAACAAAGUUCUUGAAACCUUUGAUACAGCAUUUAAUGAAACACUGGCAACAAACUACGAUACUGCUUGGGCACAUCAACAAUCCCAAUGGAAACAAGAAAAAAUGAAAAUUAUAAGUGCCCUCAGUGGCAAUUCAGGUUUGGCUGUUAAAUUUGGCAAAAGUCAAACUGUUUUCAUUAAAAACAGGCCUGCUCCAUUGGCACAAAUGCCACCAAAUGAAAAGAUUUAUGCUUGUAAAGUUAUUGAAUAUAACACAUCCUUGGUCAGAGGACUGUCUUCGAAAACAAACCUUAUUAAUGUGUUUGAAAAUGUUGCUGCUGAAUUUAAAGAUUCUAAAGUCAAAGAUAUGUGGGACAUUAUCAAAUAUAUGGUGCAACUUUCGCCAUUUCCACAAUCUGAUGAUCCAAUAAAAGCCAGAAAUAGCCCCCUAAUUAUCCAUGAUUUAGUUUGUCAAGGAAAAAAAUAUUUGCAAGACAGAUACAAGUUGUUUAUGAAUAAUAUUGUUAAUGAAAAUUUGGCUCAAGCUAAUAGAGGGGGUGUUCCUGGUACCUAUCCAUUGGUCAGGAGCUUUCUUGGACUCCGAUUCUCAGGCGAAUAUUCUGGAUUGAAUGACGGACUCAUUGAUGAACGCCCACUAUGGCCAAUGGUUUAUUAUUGUUUAAGAUCCGGAGAUUUUGCGGCAGCAAUUUAUUGCCUGAAAAAAAGCGGUCUGAGCCAGUUUGAAGAAAUAAUAAGGUUGCUGGAGAUGAAAUUGAAAUGCCCCAGUAGCUGUGAAAUUCCAAAACUUGAAGACAACAUCAGACUUUCCUAUAGAACUGAUAUUAGAAGUACAACAGAUCCAUUUAAGAGGAUAGUGUGGUGCGUGUUAGGAUGUUGCAAUGUCACUGAUGAACAUUCUGAAGUUGCUAGGACUGCUGAUGACUAUUUAUGGUUGAAGUUGAGCUUGGUUCGUGUCGAUAGGGAUGAUAGUAUCAGAUACAAUGAUUUACAGCAAGUUAUCCUGGAAGAAUACGGAGAAAGUCACUAUGACGCCUUCAAUCAGCCUCAUCUCUACUUCCAAAUGCUUGCUCUGACAGGACAAUUUGAAGCAGCUAUCGAGUUUCUGGCUAGAAUUGAACGAUUUAAAGUCCACGCUGUUCAUAUGGCGAUUGCUUUGAACGAAUUGUAUUUGAUCGCUGGUCCAGAAGAUACCCGUGCACCUCUUGUUUCUAUUGAUCCAGCUGACCCAAAACCAUCCAGAAGACUAAACUUGGCCCGUCUAAUAAUGAUCUAUGUUAGAAGUUUCGAGUUCAAAUGUCAAAACGAAGCUUUGCAUUAUUACUUCUUUUUAAGAAACUACACUGAUUUUCAAGGGGAAAAUGUAUUUAAAGUAUGUGUGGCCGAUUUGGCAAUGGAGACUAAAGAAUAUGAAAAAAUAUUGGGAAAAGUUCAACCUGAUGGCCGCAGGAGUGAGGGCCUAAUCGAUCAGUUUGCUAAUUCAGAUAUCACUGCAGCCAGUAUAGCUGAAAUUAUUGGCAAGAGUUUGUCUAAAAAGGGAUUGUUGGAGGAAUCCAUUGAUAUUUUCGAUAUUGCAAAUGACCAAGAAGAGAUUUUAAGUUUUAUGUGUACAUUGAUGUCCCAAGUGGUUCAGCUAAAAAGCAAGCCAGACUCAUUACGAUCCAGUCUUCAUCAAAAGGCUAUUGUUUUUGCUGAAAGAUUUUCUUCGACAGGAUAUAGAUGCCCUGCUGCUUUGGUCAGCUCGUUUUUGAAGCUCAAAGAUUUGAUUACUUUCUUUGAUUUGUAUUUUCUUAAAGAGUAUCUUCGAGCUUUGGUGGUCCUGAAGGAUCUCCAGCUAAUACCAUUCCGCGAAGAAGAAGUAAGCGAUCGUAUAAAAGGCUUCAAAGCUCUCACUGCUGAAGUUUCUAAAGUAAUACCAGAUGUGCUAUUGGCUACAAUGAACAUCUAUUUUGUUGAAUAUCAGAGGAUAAGAGCCAAAUAUGAAGGGGCAAGGUAUAUUAAUGAAUCGUCUAUAGAAACGGAUUUGUCCAAGCUGAGACAACAAGCAAAAACUCUGACUAAUUUUGCCGGAAUGCUACCCUAUCGUUUGCCAGGAGACACUAACGCCAAAUUGGUGCAAAUGGAAAUUCUUAUGCAUUAA